AUGAUGGGAAUGCACCCAAGCCACGAACUAUCCGCCAUCGAGGAAGUUCUCUCAGAUGAAGAUGAAGAUGAUAACAACAAGAAGCUGAAUGAUGUUGACCAUGAAGUCUCGGACCAACCGUACCCUGCCCUUGGUUCGGGUCCCAUCGCCGAAGAGAGUCAGAAUGGCCAACAAUUUCCGCCGGAAUCUGCUGAACAUGACACGAAAGACUCCCACCGCUCGCAACAGGUAGAUGCUCAGCAUAGCCCUGAUGCGAACACGGUUGGCUUGGCCAUCUCGGAGCACGAGGACGGCCAAGUUAACCAGUCUGGUUUCUUUGGCUAUGUCCAACGGAACGACGAGGGGCACUAUGCUAAUGCCCAUGAUACCUCCGAUGGGGAUUCGUAUGAUCCGAUGGACCUUGCUCCGCUUCAAGACAUGGUCCGUAGCGUUCCCAGCUCGGGGGGCUGGGAGCCCGAGGAGCAAUAUGAAGCCAAGGCUCUUGAGGGUCUUCAACGGGAAGAAGAGGUUGUCCAUACUCGAAAACCAGUCCGUUCAGCCUCCCUGGAAGAAUUAUAUAAACUUACUACCGAGGGGUGGCUGGAUGCCAACGAAGGAUCGAACGGUUGGUAUCCUAUCAAUGGCCGUGAUGAUCCAGAGGGAGACGAGGUUGUUCAUGCGAAUCAACCCACCCGUCCAGCCUCCCUGGAAGAGCUAUACCGGUUCACCACAGAGCAGUGGCUAGAUGCCAAUGGAGAAGAGGACGGCUGGUAUCCUAUCAAUGGCAGUGGCCGUUUAUCGGACCCUCCGGCGUCCGAGUCUCGUCAAGAUGACAGCCCAGUUAACUUCGACCUAUUUCACGCGGUGGUUAAUUAUGUUCCUCCUUACUUCACUACCAAUUACCAAGGGAGACAGGCCGGAGACCGUACUGGUCAGCCUGAGGCCACUGGCGGUGCUGUCUAUUCCCCGAACACCCGUGACUGGGCCGAUUAUGGAAGCGCUCUCGUCGACUACGCCCCUGAGACGGCGAUUCCCAAGGUUCCUGGUUGCACAGCUGGCCAGCAUCAUGCCCAGAAUUGGACCUUCGGUGCUUCUGCCUUCAUAGCAUAUGCUGCCAUGCGUGGUUCGGGCAUGGAUACGGGCAACCCGCUCCAGACCUGGAUGGGGGUUAAGGGUAUAGAGCGUCACGGCCAUGACCACGACCUCGACUACGACCACAACAACUCCCGGGCCACGGACUCGAAGGCCGACGACUUCAAAUUCAAGCAACUAAGAAGUUUCACCGCCGAGGUUGAAGUGGCCCUUUGGGAAAGACCCUUGGUCAUUGAUGAGAACCGUCAGCAGCGAGUUGAGAUCCCCCGACCCAAAUACAAGCACCUGAACCCUCCCGAGGGGUUUGAAUAUCCCCAUCACCUCGCGUCGUCGAUCAACGGCAUCGCCGCGGAUAGCUGGGAGAGAGCGAAGACUUUCGAAGAGGAGUACGAUAUCUCGGAUGACGAAGGAUCGCCUCCCUCUGGUCGUAUAUCACCUUGCACAUUCCGCGUCCUGGCCGAGGGUUGCAAGCGCUGGGAAGACCCGGCCAAGGACCACAGAGUCGAGAUGCCCCCUGAAACGAAACGACUUCGACCUGAGACUCCUCCCCCGACAGACAUGCCGACAUAUCAUCGCAACCGUAUGGGCCACAAACGCACCUUGCAGCAAGACGUGGAAGACGGUAGCUGGCUCUCUCCCAUCUACUCUGUGACUGAAGACCCGAGUAUCAUCUACACGCCUCCCGGAACCCAACGUCAUCCGACAAACUUUGCCAUAUGUAACUGGCAAGACAACGUCCACGAGGUCAUGGACCCUCUUGGCGCCCAACAUCUGCGUGAAUUCCAGCCCACCAGCCAUAUCGCCCCUAAAAUCACCACGCCCAACGACCUGGCCCCGGCCCGCAUAGCCUCAGCACACACCGCCGCGACGCGAAGCUCAGAGAACCGGCCCUACACAGCAGCAGAAGUGCAAGCAGCCCUGCUCUCCCCGCAAGCGCGACCGCUAGUAGACGGCAGCAUAGCGCCCGAACACGCAGCGGCGGUGCUCGGAGCCCACUGGCAAUGGGCAUGCCAGAUGCGCGACGCCGCGGCGCAGCAGUCACAGCGCAACGAAGAAGCGCGGCAGCGCAUCAAUUCUCUGCGCGACGAGCUGCGCGACAUGGAACUCUGCGUCGACCACGUCCUGCAGAGGCGCGAGGAGGAGGAAGAAGAGGUGGUGGAGGAGGAGGACCAGCGCCGCGUCGAGCGCCGGAACCGCCGCAUCAUACGCCAGGUCAGCGCACACCUCCGCGAGGUCGCGUACGAGGUCCACCGUCGUAGGGAGCAGCUCUGCGUUGUCCUCGGCGAGGCGGCGCAGCUGGAGUGCGAGGAGCAGGUCCUUACUGCCGAUGUCCGGGCUGAGAUUGCGCGGUCUGGUCUUCCCGAUGCUGAUGCCGUUCGUGCGGAGGCUGGGCGGGAGUUUCUUGAGCUUGCAGGAACUACGUGA